UAGCCCACAUACCUUCAGUCCUUCCUCACACUGCCGCCAGCUUGGGAGCCCUGAGAGCCCGCAGGCUUCCCAGCGCCUCUAGUUCUCCCUUGCAAACUCUCAACUUUCUUCCGUUGUGUGAAAAUUGCCUCUCCAGCCCCAAAGCUUUCCUUCCUCACCAUGAGCGGGGUAAGAAGUGACCUUUUGAGGUGACUAUACCUGAAGAUUGCUUUCCAGAAGCCAAAACAGGUUUUUGAGUCAUGAUGCAAGAAUCUGGGACUGAGACAAAAAGUAACGGUGCAGCCAUCCAGAACGGGUCGAGCGGCGGCAACCACUUGCUCCAGUGCGCCAGUCUUCGCGAAGGGCGGUCCAACGGGGAGACGCCGGCCGCGGACGCGGGGGCCGCCGAGCUCGUGCACGUGCAGCAGCAGCAGGCACUUCAAGUGGCCAGACAGCUUCUCCUCCAACAGCAACAACAGCAGCAAGUUAGUGGAUUAAAAUCUCCCAAGAGGAAUGACAAGCAGCCAGCCCUUCAGGUUCCCGUGUCAGUGGCUAUGAUGACACCUCAAGUUAUCACUCCCCAGCAAAUGCAGCAGAUCCUCCAGCAACAAGUGCUGAGCCCUCAGCAGCUCCAGGUCCUCCUCCAGCAACAGCAGGCCCUCAUGCUCCAACAGCAGCAGCUUCAAGAGUUUUAUAAAAAACAACAGGAACAGUUGCAGCUUCAACUUUUACAACAACAACAUGCUGGAAAACAGCCUAAAGAGCAGCAACAGGUGGCCACCCAGCAGUUGGCUUUUCAGCAGCAGCUCCUCCAGAUGCAGCAGCUCCAGCAGCAGCACCUCCUGUCUUUACAGCGCCAAGGCCUCCUCACCAUCCAGCCAGGGCAGCCCGCCCUUCCCCUCCAGCCCCUUGCUCAAGGCAUGAUUCCAACAGAACUGCAGCAGCUCUGGAAAGAAGUGACAAGUGCUCAUUCUGCGGAAGAAACCACAGGCAGCAAUCACAGCAGUUUGGAUCUGACCACGACAUGUGUCUCCUCCUCUGCACCUUCCAAGACCUCCUUAAUAAUGAACCCACAUGCCUCUACCAAUGGACAGCUCUCAGUCCACACUCCCAAAAGGGAAAGUUUGUCCCAUGAGGAGCACCCCCAUAGCCAUCCUCUCUAUGGACAUGGUGUAUGCAAGUGGCCAGGCUGUGAAGCAGUGUGCGAAGAUUUCCAAUCAUUUCUAAAACAUCUCAACAGUGAGCAUGCGCUGGACGAUAGAAGUACAGCUCAAUGUAGAGUACAAAUGCAGGUUGUACAGCAGUUAGAGCUACAGCUUGCAAAAGACAAAGAGCGCCUGCAAGCCAUGAUGACCCAUCUGCACGUGAAGUCUACGGAACCCAAAGCCACCCCUCAGCCCCUGAAUCUGGUAUCAAGUGUCACACUCUCCAAGUCUGCAUCUGAGGCUUCUCCACAGAGCUUACCUCAUACUCCGACGACCCCCACCGCCCCCAUCACUCCCGUCACCCAAGGCCCCUCCGUCAUCACCACCACCAGCAUGCAUACGGUGGGACCCAUCCGCAGGCGGUACUCGGACAAAUACAACGUGCCCAUUUCUUCAGCAGAUAUUGCGCAGAACCAAGAAUUUUAUAAGAACGCAGAAGUUAGACCACCAUUUACAUACGCAUCUUUAAUUAGGCAGGCCAUUCUCGAAUCUCCAGAAAAGCAGCUAACACUAAAUGAAAUCUAUAACUGGUUCACACGAAUGUUUGCUUACUUUCGACGCAAUGCUGCCACGUGGAAGAAUGCAGUGCGUCAUAAUCUUAGUCUUCACAAGUGUUUUGUGCGAGUAGAAAACGUUAAAGGGGCAGUAUGGACAGUGGAUGAAGUAGAAUUCCAAAAACGAAGGCCACAAAAGAUCAGUGGUAACCCUUCCCUUAUUAAAAACAUGCAGAGCAGCCACGCCUACUGCACACCCCUCAAUGCAGCUUUACAGGCUUCGAUGGCUGAGAAUAGUAUACCUCUAUACACUACCGCUUCCAUGGGAAAUCCCACUCUGGGCAACCUAGCCAGCGCAAUACGGGAAGAGCUGAACGGGGCAAUGGAACAUACCAACAGCAAUGAGAGUGACAGCAGUCCGGGCAGAUCCCCUAUGCAAGCCGUGCAUCCUGUGCACGUCAAAGAAGAACCCCUCGAUCCAGAGGAAGCUGAAGGGCCUCUGUCCUUAGUGACAACAGCCAACCACAGUCCAGAUUUUGACCACGACAGAGAUUACGAAGACGAACCAGUAAACGAGGACAUGGAGUGAACGUCUCUGGGCGGGGGCCAAACCCAAGAACGAAGAUUGGGGGAAAAAACAAACACACACACAAAAAAAAACAAAAAACAACAACAACAACAAAAAAACAAAACAAAACACGUCAAAAGUUAGCAGUGAAAUUGUUCUCCAUUUGUUGUACAGUCUGGAGGAUUUUCACUACAUUUUGACAACUCUGAAACGUGUUAACUCUUAGUGCCAUCAAGAAUCCCAUUUGGGAGUAUUUUUGAUUUUUCUACUUUUUGUUGAAAAAAGGAAUUUGUACUCUGUGCAUUGGAUGGACUUGUUUGGUACUUGGGAUUUUCCUCUCUUAACAGUCAACAUCAGUGUUGUACAUUUGCUAAACUGAUUCACUUUUAGCAGCAGACUUUGAACUGCAGUCCUGCCAGCGUGGGACACUGAGGACACCCAACUGAGCAUGUGCACCGAAGCUGCAGACCAAGCCUCUGCCCAGAAUUUAAGGAUUCCAAUAGACGACCUAUUUGCACAGUACUGCAUGUUGAUUAUCACUGCCUUUCCUUUUUUUUUUUUUGGUUCGUUUUUGUUUUCGUUUUGCUUCCAGUUGGGAUGGGGAAGGCCUUUGUGUGUGUAUUGGGGGGGAGGGGGUUAAAAAGUAAUUAUCCCAAACUUUUUAAUGUAUUGCUUUUUUUUUUUUUUUCUUUUUUGCUUCUACUAUACCAUUUUUAAGUUCUGACCUCAGGCCUCCAUUUGGGCCCACGGCCUCCCGGAGGCUUCAAGUUUUCUGUACCUUGUGAUGAAUGUUAAUAGGUGUUUUUAUUAUACAAAAGCUGAAUGUCAUUUCUCGUUCGUAGUUUUCUGUCACUCAUUCCAGUUUCCUUCAGACAUCACCACGUUUUCUCCAAAGUCAGAAAACAUUCCGUUUUGGUCUUUUUUCAAAAAAAGGUCCCAAAUGCUGCACUCUACACAUGAAGGUCCUCUCACACAGACGUGAAGUCCUGCCAGAAAGAGAAUGAAUGACAGAAAAAAAAAAAAAAAAAAAAAAAAA